CCGUUCCUCGCGAAGAUGACGUCCCGCUUGCGCGGCCCUUCGGCAGUGAAGGACACACCGAGGGCCGCUCCGUUCGCCAAGGACCAUUUCCAUCGAAGCGAGGCGGAAGUACACUCCAGCCGGUCGUGCAAGAACGGCGGGCGCGGCAAUCGUUAUCAUUUCGGCAUGUCAAAGCAACAGGACAGCAAGGUAGAGCGGAACGGACAGGAAUAUAAUAAGAACUUUGCACAGACGGAAGAGAACAAUGUCGAUCUGUUAUACAAGAAGAGUAGAGAGCACUUUGGUUCUUGGGGCAUUAAGGACGUCGUCCAAGAUGACACGAGAAAAUCGAGGAAACAGGAUCCCGAAGAUAUGCAACUGACAAAUGGAAAAUUCAGGAGCGAGCCUGUAGGUGCAAAGACGGAUAAAUCGCACGAUCGUCCGGAGUAUCGAGAUGAAGGAUACGUGGGAUCUUUACCGAGGGAGGGCCGACAAAAAGACGAGUUCGUCGAGAGAGACCUCAACGGCUCUUAUAAAUCGAGAAUGAAAGAAUCCUGGGAAGAGGAGAUGGAAUCGAGGAAUCGAGGCAGGAUAUCCAAGAUUAACAGAAGCAACGACAAUAAUAACGAUUUGAUGCAAUCCGUCGACGAGAGAGAUAUAUUGCUUAAGGAGAUCGAAAAUUUAGCUACCGAUGGCAGUCAGUCGCCGGACCGUAGAAUCCAGGCGAUGAUCGAGCGAUUGAAAUCACGAGAGGAGAGCAAAUUACGAUCCAAGAGAGAGCAGAGAUCGACGAGUCCUGAAAAGGAAACGCAUGGCAAGACGAAAAACGACGGUAGGAAUGAUAUAAGAUCGCCGACCAUUAAUUAUCCGCACGAUAAUUUAUCUAACGAACGAGGUCGGAAACUAAAAGAUGAUCGCGAGGAUGAACCGCGCAGAUCGAGCGAGUCCAAGCUGCGUGGAAAAUAUGAUCGAGAAGAGGAUGCAGUUCAACGUGAGCGAUCUACCGAUCGAAAAUCGAGGAGCUCUGAGAGGCAGAACGAGGCUCGCGAGCCUCGACGAGACGACAGUUUCCGAAAAACGAACGACACUUACAAUGCCGAGAGAAAUUAUCGAAGGAAAUCGACAGAAGACGAAGAAAAUCAUCCUCGAUCGAGAGACAAUUCUUCAAAGAGGAGGAGUUACAUUUAUGAGGGUUCGCCCGAGGAUUUUGACGUGAGGAUACAGAGGUACGAUCGGGCUCUUCUUGAACCUAGGAGAGACCUGGACAGAAGUUCGCCCAGGCGAGGUUCGUCCAGAGAACCAAAUCUGACUAGGAAGGAAUCUCUAAAGGAGUACGAUCGAGAACCGAUAACCAAGAAGAAUUCUUUCAAAGCUGAAUCUAAGAGGGCGACUAGCAAGGAUCGCGGUGAGUCUAAUUUGGCCAGAAAAACAUCGUUUAAAGAUCGUGAUAACGAUGCGUAUAAAAAACACAUUUCAAAAAAUCAACACGAGACCUCGAUUAAUUAUUUCGGCAAGGAUCAGGAAGGCUCAUCAUGUAAAGAUUCCUUCAAAGAUGUAAGCACAGAUACAAAUAGAAAAGGUUUCUUUAGGGUACGAGAUGGUGAAUUUGAUAGAACUUUCCUAAAAGAUCAGAAUGAUAAUGCGGAGAAGAGAGUCUCAUCCAUGGAACAUGCGGGUGGCGUCAGCAGAAUUGUCCUGAGAAAUGUUGAUGACGAAUCGAGCAGAAGCAACUCGUUUAAGAAUGUAAACGAAGAUUCCGGGAAGAAGAACUCGUUUAAGGAAAAGAACGUCGAGUUUGGCGAGAUUUCCUACAAGGAUCAUGAGAGAAAUUUAGAAAGGAGGAAGAACAGUUUCAAGGACGAUGAUAAGGAAUUAGGGCGAGCGUUGUAUCACGAUUACGAGAACAAUAUCGAUAGGAAAACUGCGAAUGAUCGAUAUAUAGAGUUCGGCAAGGUAUCCUUUAAGACGCAAGAUGACGAACUACGUGUUUCAAGUCCUUUCCAGGAGGAGACCAACAAAGCAAUAGUCAGAACGAAUUCUUUCAAGGAGCGUGACGCUUCCCCGAAAAGACGCCCGUCGUUGCGAAGCAAAGAUCACGAAAUAUUUGACAGGAAAUCGGAUAGACACACGAGAACGUUGUCGCCACCGAAGAAAGAUGAGGUAGAUAGUAAUGCCAAAAACUCGAAAAAUUUCUGCGCCAAAACUUGGUACGAGAACAACCGGAUUUUCUCCGCGAAGUAUCUGCGGGAUCACAGUAAGAUGCGAAAUGCUCCAGAAGGACAACUUGACGUCGACGUCUCGCCGGAGCGAGGAUUCUUGAUCCUGCAAGACACACGGGGCGGCACAGUCGAGACAACUACGAACGAUCCUGAGGAGAAUCGCUUCGAGACGCGUGGCAAAAUUGACUCGGGCGACAGCGAGUCGCCGCGAUUUUCCUCGACUCGUGAUCGCAACGGUGCAACGAUCAUCAGGAUACGAUCAUCGGAAGAUUCCGGCAGCGCAGCAGAGAGGCGCCGGCGGCGUCGUCCGGCGCAAGAGAUAUGCGCGGUUAGACCCAGGAAAUACGAAGACGACGAUGAGGACAGCGACGAGGACGAGGAAGAGGAUCGUUGGCGGAGGACUCGAAGGGACGGCGGAAUCCUGCCGGGGAGAGGCGGCGGCGACGCCGGCGGUGCGACGCCCUCGAGAACGAUCUGGAACUACCGUGAAGGGGGCGUCCUCAUUACGGACGUAGAAGAAGGACAACCCUGUUUGCAGUGUGGAGAAACAUGUUCCGGAUUCUCACCGCAUACUUGGAGAAAAAACUGUACUAGCUGUAAGUGUCCGCGCGAGGCCCACGAUGUCUGCCACGAAGAAUGGGUGUCGGUCAGAUCCCGUUUGGGACUUAAGGGUGACGAGUCGAACGGACCUAUCGGUGUGGAUCCCAGAGAAAGAGGUCUCGCUUGGGUACCUCCUGGACUUCCGUCGCAUAAGGUGGAAGAAUAUUUCUCGAUGCUACCAGAGAUCGCUGUACCAAGACUUGGCACGCCUGGCGAACGGCACAGAGAUCGUCAGUUAGCGAUUCAGUUGCCUAAACAGGAUCUAGCAAGGGCCUAUUGUCGCCAUUUGGAUCCCAAACAUGCCAGCAGCGCUGAUGAUUUCAUGGCCGCCAGGAAUGAGAUUGCUCUGGACAUCGGUAGCGUACAAGAAGUUCUCGAGAGAGACCUCGAGUGUGGCGUGUGCGAAUCGUCCCUGAAAUACGGCAGCCUUGCUGUGUCAGCUAGUAAACUGGGUCUCCUCUAUCACCCGACGUGCUUUAGAUGCGCGGAUUGUAAAGAGCUCCUGGUCGAUCUUGCUUAUUGCGUGCACGACGACAUGCUUUUCUGUGAGAGGCAUUAUGCGGAACAACUUAAACCAAGAUGCGCUGCAUGCGAUGAGUUGAUUUUCAGUGGCGAGUACACAAAGGCGAUGAACAAGGAUUGGCACAGCGGUCACUUCUGUUGCUGGCAGUGCGACGAAUCCCUGACAGGACAGCGCUACGUUCUUAGAGACGAGCAUCCUUACUGCAUUAAGUGCUACGAAAGCGUUUUCGCCAAUGGCUGCGAGGAAUGCAGCAAAAUCAUCGGCAUUGACUCCAAGGAUUUGUCGUACAAGGAUAAGCACUGGCAUGAGGCCUGCUUCCUCUGCAACAGGUGCAGAGUGUCCUUGGUGGACAAACAAUUCGGUAGUAAGGUGGACAAGAUUUACUGCGGCAACUGCUACGACUCCCAAUUCGCCAGUCGUUGUGAUGGAUGCGGCGAGAUCUUCCGUGCUGGCACUAAGAAGAUGGAAUACAAGACCAGACAAUGGCACGAGAAGUGCUUUUGCUGCGUGGUCUGCAAGAAUCCGAUUGGCACGAAGAGCUUCAUCCCGCGCGAGCAAGAGAUUUAUUGUGCCGGAUGUUACGAGGACAAGUUUGCCACCCGGUGUGUUAAGUGCAACAAGAUCAUCACCAGCGGCGGCGUGACAUAUAAGAACGAGCCAUGGCACAGAGAUUGCUUCACUUGCAGCAACUGCAACAACUCGCUAGCGGGACAACGAUUCACGUCGCGCGACGACAAACCGUACUGCGCUGAUUGCUUCGGCGAGCUCUUCGCCAAGAGGUGCACCGCUUGCUCCAAGCCGAUCACUGGUAUUGGUGGCACUCGCUUCAUCUCAUUCGAAGACAGGCACUGGCAUAACGACUGCUUCAUCUGCGCGGGCUGCAAAACUUCGCUGGUCGGACGUGGCUUCAUCACCGAUGGCGACGACAUCAUCUGCCCUGAGUGCGCCAAGAUGAAGCUGAUGUAAAGCACGCGGCUUCAUGACGUCGAGAUUGACAACGAGAUCGACGGAUGGCAGAGCGAGCGAAGGGAGAGAAAGGAUGAGGAGCAAGACGCACUUCCGAUACGGAAUUCGUAUAGUCAAGCGGAUUCCGUUGCACGCCAUAAUAAUACCGUCGUCGCGAUCUUACUGGCCGUCAAUUCGAAUUGGAGACGCAUGCAAACUAUAGAGAACUUCGCAGAGUCACAUCGAGAGACGAGAUCGCGAGAAGACGUAAUAAAAAUUAUAAAUAUAAGAAAAAGAGUAGAUUCUUCGCGUUAACGACGCGAUAAUUUUUGUUACGAAUAACUGACGUAUUUCGACGAGAUUUUCUGCGCCGACUUUUUUUCAGAGGAUAACGAAGCUCGAGAAUCCUCUGUCCAGGUUCUCGCCUUGGUCAGCAUAGUGAUUUCAUGAUCGCCGAUUAAUCGUUCGGAAAGGAAGACGGCGCGAGAGAACGCGCGAGAGUCUUCUAGCUUCAUAGUCGUAGCGACAUUAAUCUAUUCAUUAUUUCGUUCUACGUGUAUUUAUGAGAACACUGACGCGAAUCCGUCUGUGUUCGAAAUAAUGAUCUGCUCGAUCAUCGCGUCGGGAUAUCGAAGAGUAGAAGAGAUAUGAAUGGGAGAGAAGGGAAAAAAAGAAAUGCGCAACCAGCGAGCUUGAUGGAAAGAAAUCAAAUCGCCUUACUGUAAUAAAAUCGUUGAUACGGACACGUCGAUUAGGAUAAUGAAUAAGCCUAAGUGCUCCGCGUGCUCUCGUGAUGUUACUAAUAUUAACAACAUUUUUUUUUUUUUGCUUUGUACAAUGGUAGAGAGAUAAGCGCCCGUGUGCGCACAAAGAGAGUCCUACAUAUUAUAUAUUCUUAUGAAAAACUAAAAUUUGAUAUAUACGUAUAGCGAUGUUAUUUCUAUUCGACUCGUACUCACGCGAAAAACACGACGGUCUAACACGUACACAAUCUAUAUCUCACACCGACACUAAUUUACUCGAUUGACACAUCAUAACUUUUUUUCUCUUGCCUUCUUUGUACGAUGUUGUUCAUCUAAUUUCCGAAUAAAUAGUACUACUUAUCAAUUUGUAGAAACUUUAUGAAAAUUUUGUACGUGAAAAAUGCAGAAAAUCUGUUACCGAUUUUCCAUAUACUAAAUAACUAUUUUCCAAAACUUAAUAUGUAUAGGUAAUAUGUAUAUAUAUUCAGAUUUGAAUGAAAAUUAUUUUAAUGCUCUUGAAAUCGGUAGGAUGAAAAUUUUUUUAUUAUAAACAAAUUUAUUGAUUUCUACAAUGCGUUACACACAGGAUAUGAUAAACAAUAUGUAUGUGUUUUGAUUCACGAUAUCCCGACUCUCUUCUCGGUCUUUCUCUCCCCUUCUCUCGUUUGUCGAGAAAAAUAGGCGCGCAACGUAGGGAUCCAUUAUCAUCCCGUGUGAAUCGCAUGCGCGCGCGCGCACACAGCACACAUACAUACAUACAUGCACGUGACACAACAAAUAUAUACACAUGCACGAUACACACACAUACACAUAUACACAUGCUGCAAACAUUUUUUGCAAUAGAUAUUAAGAGUUUUGAUCAAAGAAAAAGAUACGACAAAAAAGGGACAAGGCUCGCAUCCAUACACAUGCAUGCAUACACACAAGCAUAAAAAAAUAUACACUCACAUACAAAUACACAUACGAACGAGUGUGCGACGAACGCACACGCGGAAAUACUAAUUGUGGCCUUAUUCGCACCGAAUACCAUAGGAGUAAAAAAAAAGGGAACUAACUUACAGUAAUUUACUUCAUUAUGAGACAUUUAAUAUCAAAUUUAUUGUUAUACAACGCGA